CGCCAUCCUUUGUGCUGCGGAUACCGAAGAUAGCUGUCUGCCUCAGUAAGCCUAGCAAUAAUAAAAGCCGCGACUGAUCAGCCGGAAGAAGCUCACACGAUUUCACAUCUCUCCAUUGCAUUACAGCCUUUGUCUAUACCAUGUCGAGCGAUCCAAAACCCACCGCGAAGAGUACGGGGGCAGAGGCAGAGAGCAGCAAUGCACCACAGGAGCAGGAGGCACCUCCUUCCUACGUAUCCGACUCGUCCAACCCCCCAACAUACGAGUCCCUCUCCGCAAAGGUGCGGUCCAACAUGGACGCCCUAGCAGUUGGCGACCCACAAGAGACCAUCUCGGUCCCGAUGAUCUCCCGCCGUGUGGCCAACAGCAUACACAACUACAAUCCCUUCAGUCACAAGUCGGGAAAAGUCGUACAAUCCAUUACUGUGCGAAAUAUGACACGCGAGAAUUACCUCAAAUUUUACGCAAAGGACGCGGAGGGAAACUUUGUUGGAACAAGUCAUCCGGCAGCGGAUGCAGCGCUGGUAUUUGUGCCGGGGAAGAGCACUGAUCUAGAUUUGAUGAAACAGGUCGAUGAGGUGGUGUUUGCAAAGCAGGAGCUGAGAGGGAAGGGGAUCGGGAAGUUCGGUAUGCCGCUUAAUAAGUAAAUGGUUAGAGGGAUAGGUGUGGUUCGGCACCCGCCGUGCCUCCCAAUGCCAAGUGGACGAAGUUCCAUCCUGCCCGUUGACUUUCUGCGUACUGGAUAGUCCAUUAGAGUACUUUGGCUCUUCCUUGCUCUCAGUAAUAGCCGGACAAUGCGAGAGUACGUUAGUAAAUCGACGUUGUUGUUGCUCAAGUUUGAUCCAUCGAUGCAAGAUAUGCUCAAGUGGGGUCUUUAAUUUCCAAUAGUUUGAUGAACGGUAAUAGUUCUACAAUUGAACAAAACCGACUGACAAGCGAUGGCCGAGGCCCUCUCAGCGCU